AUGGCCAAUUCAUUUUUAUUUUUAAACAGUGAAUUUAUUGCAGAAGAUGGUAAUGAGAAGUUUUGGCAGUUCUUGGAAACGGUACGAGAAUUAACAGUGUAUAAGCAAGGAGAUUCAGAGUAUUCGUACUACAAUUUAAUCUUGAAGAAAGCAGGACAAUUUUUAUCCAAUUUGCAAGUAAAUCUGUUGAAGUUUGCGCUUUCCAUACGGGCAUAUUCUCCAACUAUUCAGAUGUUUCAGCAGAUUGCAGCUGAUGAACCUCCACCAGAAGGCUGCAGUGUGUUUGUGGUUAUCCAUGGGAAGCACACCUGUAAGACUAAUGAAAUAAAAAAGCUUCUGAAGAAGGCUACUAAGAGACCCAGGCCAUAUCUUUUUAAGGGAGAUCAUAAAUUCCCAGCUCUCAAAGAGGAUGGACCAGUGGUUAUUCUUUAUGCAGAAAUGGGUACAAAAGACUUCGUCAGAUUCCACAAAAUUCUAUCCGAGAAGGCGCAAAGGGAGGAAAUUGUUUAUGUUCUCCGGCAUUACAUUCAGAAACCAAGUCCCAGAAAAAUGUAUUUAUCUGGAUAUGGUGUAGAACUUGCAAUAAAGAGCACAGAAUAUAAAGCAGUAGAUGACACACAGAUUAAAG